GCCGCAGACUUAGUAGCUCACGCCACCUGGGCUGACAAACAGCGUGAUGCUGCGCGUCGCGUUACUAUGGUGCAGCAUCCCACAUGCACCCGAUGCACUCGCACGAGACAGGCCCAACAAUGGCGCUGGCCGGUAAAGACCGGACAUGACCUCAUUGCUGUAAACUUCGGGGACCCUUAAAGGUAGCUGCGCCCAACAGCCUGCCACAACCACACCAAACAAACUACUUUCUUAGCAUCCAAAGCUUCGUAUCUCUGACAGCUUGGCAUAAUGGCGCAGGAUCUACGUUCGCAGGACAUCAAAAACCCAAUUGACGUUGCAGAGUACCUCUUCCGAAGACUACAACAAGUCGGCGUUGAGUCCGUCCAUGGCGUUCCAGGAGACUACAACCUUGUCGCACUCGACUACAUCCCAAAAGUCGGCUUGAAAUGGGUCGGCAACUGCAAUGAGCUGAAUGCUGGUUACGCCGCAGAUGGUUAUGCAAGAGUCAAGGGCAUUUCUGCAUUGGUAACCACGUUCGGUGUGGGCGAAUUGUCUGCUGUCAAUGCCAUCGCCGGAGCCUACUCGGAAUACGUCCCAGUCGUCCAUAUCGUCGGCUACCCAUCAACUGUAUCCCAGAGGAACGGGGCGCUGCUGCACCACACUCUUGGAAAUGGCGACUUCACGGUCUUCUCGCGCAUGUCCAAGGAGAUCUCAUGUGCUGUUUCGAUGCUCAACAGCCAGCACGAAGCCGCUAUGCUGAUCGACAACGCCAUUCGGGAAUGUUACCUCAAGUCGAGGCCUGUCUACAUCUCCUUACCUAGCGACAUGGUAACCAAGAAGGUCGACGGUGAUCGUCUCAACACUCCGCUUGAUUUGGAAUACCCGCAAAAUGACCAAGAGGCGGAAGACUACGUCGUAGACGUGGUACUGAAGUAUCUGCAUGCGGCGAAGAACCCCGUCAUCCUUGUGGAUGCAUGCGCUAUCCGUCACCGAGCACUGAAGGAGACUCACGAGCUGAUCAGGAAAUCUGGCAUCCCUACCUUCGUGGCCCCAAUGGGAAAGGGUGCGGUGGAUGAGACUCUGCCAAACUAUGGUGGUGUUUACGCUGGAGAUGGGUCAAAUGCUGGUGUACGCGAACGCGUUGAGUCAUCUGAUCUUGUUCUCAGCAUCGGUGCUAUCAAGUCCGAUUUUAACACUGCAGGCUUCACCAUCCGCAUGUCACAGCUCACGACUAUCGACCUACACAGCUACGGAUGCAAAGUACGAUACUCAGAAUACCCUGGUGUUAGAAUGAACGGCGUUCUUUCCAAAGUCACAGCCAAGCUUGGAAAGCUGAACAUCGAAUCCGGACCUAACCCGAACAACAACAUCCCAGACAAGGAGACUGCAUCGACGGAGCCAACCAUCAAACACGCCUGGUUCUGGCCAAAGCUUGGUCAGUGGCUGAAGAAGGACGAUGUCCUCAUCACCGAGACUGGUACCUCCAACUUUGGCGUCUGGGAAACCCGCUUCCCAGCAGGCGUCAACGCCAUCUCGCAAGUUCUCUGGGGCUCCAUCGGUUACGCGACUGGCUCAUGCCAAGGCGCUGCUCUCGCAGCCAAAGAAUCCAACAUCAAGCGCACUAUUCUCUUCACGGGUGACGGUUCCUUCCAGCUUACCGCUCAAGAAGUCUCCACUAUGAUCCGCAACAAGCUGGCUCCCAUCAUCUUCGUCAUUUGCAACAAGGGCUACACAAUCGAGCGACUCAUUCACGGAUGGGAAGAUCCCUACAACGACGUCCAGGAAUGGAAGUACAAGGACAUUCCCCGCGUCUUCGGCGCUGAAGAAGGCAGUGUACUCACAUACCGAGUGGAGACGAAGGAGGAGGUUGAGAAGCUGUUCCAAGACGAAGAGUUCAGCAGUGGCGAGACGCAGAAGAUGCGCUUCGUGGAGUUGGUGAUGCCGUGGGAUGAUGCCCCAGCGGCGCUAAAGGCAGUUGCUGCGGCGGCGGCCAAGACGAAUGCUAGUGCGGAGUAGACCAUGGCUGGAAGAAAGGGCAGGUAGUGGAGGGUGUAUCGAGGAAGCGUAGGUAAUAGGGUAUGGUUCUACGUACGACGAAUUCUCUUCUCUUCACAUAAAUGAUGACAAUACGACUCUUCUCAGAUAAGUCUUGUGUUCACCGAUAUUCCAUGUUCUAUUCGGGAACUUCGAUUCCUAUCUGUCCUCAAGAUCAGGCAGUAGCUAUAACACCUCAGCUACUAAUUUGUUAGUU